AUGCAAAAUAAUCCAAACAGAAAUAAAAUAGAUAUUUUUUCAUUUAACUUUUCAAUUUUGUUUUUUUUUUUUUUUUUUUUUAAAUUUUAUCUCAAAAAAUUGAUUUUUUCACUUAUUUAUGGCAAAGGGGCAGUUAAACGUCUAACGAAAAAGAUUUGGAAAUUUAUUUUUUUUUUAAUUUUUUUUUUUUUAAUUUGUUUUUUUUCAAUUUUUUUUUUCGAGUUUUUUAAUCUCACAACUCUAAUAUAUAUAUAUAAUAAAAUGAAUAAGUUAACAAUUUUAUUCUUAAUUUUGGCUUUAAUUUCAGUCAUUUAUGCUCAACACAAAUAUUUCGGUGUUAACAUUUAUUUAAAUAAUGUCCCAUCAUCAUCUGAAGAUUCAUCAUCAAAUGAUUCAAAUAGCCAAGUAACUGGUUCACAAUCAUACUCUGGUUCACAAUCCGAUUCAAACUCAGGAUCAGAAUCCCACACAAUUAACACCGGUUCAUCAUAUUCUGGUUCUGGUUCUGGUUCAAGUGGUAUUUCAGGCGGUUCUGGUUCAGGUUCAGGUUCAGGUUCAGGCUCAGGUAGCGGUUCAGGUUCAGGUUCAGGUGCUGUCAGUGGUUCACAAUCAGGUUCAGGUGCUGUCAGUGGUUCACAAUCAGGUUCAGGUGCUGUUAGUGGUUCACAAUCUGGUGUCCAAACUGGUUCACAAUCAGGUGCUGGUAGUGCUUCAGGUGCUUUCACUGGUAACCCAUCUGGUUCUCAAUCUCAAGAAAUUAAUACUGGUUCAUCAUACAGUGGUAGUGGUAGUGGUGCCCCAACUGGUGCCGCUACUGGUUCAGGUUCAGGUUCAGGUUCAUCAGGAACAGUUUACUAUUAA